UUGAAGGUUCCGAGAAGAAUAACAAAGAAAUUAAGAAGAGCUCUCUUCCUUUUCAGAAAGAAUGGGUUGUUUUCUUUGUUGCCCAUAUAAAUAUUUCUGAAACAUGAACAUAUACUUUUGUUGGUCUUAAGCCUAGGACGAAAAGGAAAUGGAUCCAAGGCUAUCCAAAGCCAUUCGGGAAAAUGAUAUAGUUGCCUUUCAAACAUUAGCUCAGGAGCACAAAGAAGUGCUCCAACAACGAUCAUCUUUUUCCUCUAACACAUCACUACACUGGGCAAUAAAAAAAGGGCAAACAGAAUUAGCUAGAGCAAUUGUAGAGAUGUGCCCUGACUUGGUUUCAGCUCAGAAUAUUCAAGGGGAGACUCCUUUCCAUGAGGCCUGUCGAGAAGGAAUUGCUGGUAUCGUGAUGCUGCUCUUAGAGACCAAACCAAUGGUAGCCGCUGUACUUAACUCUGUCAACGAGAGUGCAUUUUCCAUAGCUUGUAGAACAGGACAUCUUGAUGUAGUUAAGCUCUUGCUCAACCAAAGUUGGUUAAUGGAUAUCGAAGAGGCUAGAUACCCUUCAAAUGCUUUGCACCAAUCAGUGUCAAGAAAAAACGCAAGAAUUGUGUGGGCAAUAUUGGAAGCAAGGCCAAGUUUUGCUUGGAAAUGUGACAUGAAUGGGUGUUUACCACUGCAUCUCGCUUGUGAAAAGAGUAGCUUGGAGAUUACAAGAAUUCUUUUAGAAUCUGCCCCCAAAGGUUGUAUGGUACUUAAUAACAGUGGGUAUGGACCAUUGCAUUUGGCGACAAUGAAGGGUAGCGCUGCCAUCAUUCUUGAAUUUCUGUCGAGAGUUCCCGAAUGUUUCAAUUUAUUCACAAGACAAGGGGAAUCUGUACUUCACCUUGCUGUUAAAUCCGGCAACUACGGUGCCUUCAUUAUCAUGGAGAAUAUUUUCACAACCACUAACCUCCUCCGCUUCCGAGACCAACAGGGUAAUACAGUCUUACAUCUUGCUGCCUACGAAGAGUGCUUUGAAAUUGCAGAGUACUUAAUCAAGGCUAAGCUAUUGGAUAUCAACGCCCAGAAUUACUCAGGACUCACAGCACUGGACAUACUCGAACGGGUAGCGUUUCCUGGUGAAGAAAAACAAAGUCUUAAAGCCUUGUUAGUUAAAGCUGGCGGUAAACAGAGCGCUAUGAUCUCUUUGGCAUCACUGGUUAGAGAAAGAAAUGAUGACAACAUAGAGCAUAAAGAUAUUAAAUUGCCUCCUUAUUCUACAGAUCUCACCACAGUUAGCAAUUCACGACCAAGUUAUGUUGUUCAUACAAGUAAUACGAGAAGAUCUGAAAAUGAGCAAAAACCAACGCAAGAGGAACUAGAUAAAGAGACUAGUGAUCACCUGCGAAAGAUGCAAAUUGAGGCACUGCAAAAUUCCAGGAACACCAUUAUAGUAGUUGCUGUUUUAAUUGCAACAGUAAGUUUUGCUGCAGGGAUAAGUCCUCCUGGUGGUCUCUACCAAGAUGGACCUAUGAAAGGGAAAUCAAUACUAGCCAGAACAACAGCUUUUAAGGUGUUUGAAAUAAGCAACACUAUUGCAUUGUUCACAUCUCUUUCAGUGGUCAUUGUUCUCAUCAGGAUCAUACCCUUUCGAAGAAAACCACUGGUCAGAGUGCUUAAGAUUGCUGAUAGGGUCAUGUGGUUGGCAGUUUUGUGCAUGGGAACAAGUUUUCUAGCGGCAAAUUGGUUGAUCACGCCACAUAGUGGAGGCAACGAAUGGGUGCCUGUGUGGAUACUGGCAGCGGGUGGUGGCGCCCUAGGAGUGAACUUUAUUGUUAUAGCCGUGAUUUUUGCUAUUCUUGGGCAGCGAAAAAAGAUGUGGCGGAAGACACAGACAGAAAGAGAUGUAGAGGAGCAAGUGGUAGAGGAAGUAGCAGCAAACCAAUUAAAUGUUGGAAGUGCGAAGUCUGAUAUUGAACCCAAUUACGGUUUAGGAUAUCACGCAUAUUGAUAAUUCCCAAUGAUAAAAUCUUAUGUGUAGAUAUA